AUGGCACCGCAAAAGUCAGAGGCACAGAAUCUGCUUCAGAAGGCGGAGAAGAAAUUCAACUCUUCUGCUGGCUGGUUUAGCUCAGCGAGCACCAAGUACGAGGAGGCUGGCGAUUACUUCCAGCAGGCGGCCAACGCAUUUAAGCUUGAGAGAUCCUUCGUCGAUGCUGGUGAUGCUUUCGCUAAGGAAGCUGAGUGCAGGGAAAAGUCCGGGGAGAAUAAUGACGCAGCAAAUGCCUGGUGGAAUGCAGCUAAGGCUUAUAAGCAGGGUGACCGACCAGAUCUUGCAAUCGAUGCUCUCGGACAGACAGUCACAUACUUAACGAAGUCAGGCCGUUUCCGACAGGCUGCCGACCGGGAGAAGGACAUUGCUCAAAUUCACCUCCAACGGGGUGAUCUUGCACGCGCAUGCCAAAGCUAUGAGCGCGCAGGAGAAUGGUACCAGCAAGAAGAUGCUAAUGCAAUGGCCAACGGCUGCUUCAAAGAUGCUGCCGAUUUGCAUGCACAGAUCGACGAAUUCGCUCAAGCCAUCGCUCGCUACGAGCAGGUAGCAGAUCAAUCACUGCAAUCCAACUUGACAAAGUAUAGCGUCAAGGAAUAUUGGCUGCGCUCAGGCCUGUGCGCACUCGCUAACAUGGAUUCGGUGACCGCAAAGCGCAACUUGGACAGAUACGAAUCAUUGGACCCGGGCUUCUCGACAAGAUUGGAAGGGAAGUUCUUAAGAAAGCUAAUAGAGGCCGUCGAAUCUGCCGAUGUGCAAGCUUUUUCAACGGCCUGUAAGGAUUAUGAUGAGGUCAUGAAGCUGGAUGCGUGGAAGACGGCGAUUCUGCUCAAGGUCAAGAAGACCAUAGAUGAGGAGCCUGGUCUUACGUAGAUACGGAUUUAAUACAAGAGAAGCUUUUUUUAUGACGAAUGAACAUUCGUCACACUGUGUGG